GGCUCGCGGCGUUCUGCGCCUGUGGGUCUACGACGGAGCAGCGGCUGUGACGUCAUCCGCAGGCGUCCGGGAGGCUGCCCGGGCUCGGCCCACGUAGGGCGGCGCGUUACCUUUCUCUAUCCGGCGAGGAGGGCUGCUGGGGGUGUCAUGGCUCCCGCCGCCGCCGCGCAGCCUCCGGAGGUUCAGUUCGCACAGAGGCUGGCCGCCAACGAGAAGCGAGUUCGGGACCGGGCGCUGAAGAAGCUGCGCGGCUACCUCGCUCUCCGGACUCGGAGACCGGCGAGUAGCUUUAGCCAGGAAGAAUGGCUGAAAAUAUGGAAAGGGCUGUUUUACUGCAUGUGGAUGCAGGAUAAACCCCUGCUUCAGGAGGAGUUAUCGAACAAUAUAGCACAACUUACCCAUGUAAUAGAGAAUAUAGAUGCUUGGCAUUUGUUCGUUCAGACUUUCUGGCAGACUAUGAACCGUGAGUGGAAUGGAAUAGACAACCUGCGCUUAGAUAAAUUUUACAUGUUGAUGCGCAUGGUGCUGAGACAGUCCUUAGAAGUACUGAAAAGAAAUGGAUGGAACGAAAGUUUUACAGAGCCAUUUCUGAACCUGCUAAUGAAGGAGGUAAUUCACCCAGACAGCAAGGCUCCUGUUGGGAUAAAAUUGCAUUUUAUUGACAUCUAUCUGGAAGAAUUGGCUAAAGUUGGUGCUAAAGAGCUCACCGCAGACCAGAAUCUCAAAUUUAUAGAACCAUUCUGCAAAAUCGUUGCCAAAACCAAGGAUCAUCUUUUGCUGCAAGUCAUAAUCCGUGGCAUCUUUGAAACCAUUGUUGAUCAGUCCCCGUUUGCUAUAGAAGAUUUAAUGAAAGAACUGAACGCGGGGAGUGAUAAUGACUUAUCGGAAGACGAUGAAAGUAAUGAAGGCGAGAAUGAGCGAGUCAUCAAAGACACAGACUUGCCAAGCAAACAUUCCCUAGAUUCAGAGGCACCAGACAACCUUUUAGAAGAUGCAGAUGAUAACAUUGGGCCUGUUCUCCAGUUUGAUUAUAAAACUGUUGGCGACACACUGUUUGAAUUGGCCAGCAGAAAAAACACGCCUGCUUUUAACAGAAAGUGCCUGUACAAAGUGGUGAAAAAGUUCCAAAACCUUGCAGAAGGGACCUUUCCACAGGAUGACUUCCCUGAAGAUGUUUCUACAGAUGAAGAUGACGAUACCUUCAGCAGGAGGAAGUGGAAAAGGAAAUCUGGCAAACCCUUGGAUAAAUCACAACCAGAAAAAGAAGUUUGUGCUAGAAACAUAAAAAAUGGUAUUGAGGAAGAGGAGGAGAGCCCAGGGCCACAGAAGAAGAAAAAGAAGCGAAAGAGGAAGUCCAGCCAGAUGGUUGACUUUGGUGUAGCUGCUGAAUGUAAUGAGAAGGCACUGGUCCCUGAGGAAGGAUCCAAAGAGCCAAACCAGGGCAGUGAAUCAUUAAAUAGUAAGAAAAGACCAAAGAAGUCUUUCAGCAUGGAGGUCAGUGAAAUGGAUUCUUCAGCCGCACCCACUGUAGGUAUCAGUGGUGAUUCUGUGCUGGAGACCUUGACUUGUUUGGUAAACAGCAUAAGGAAACAGCCAAAGAAGAAAAAUGGCCGCCUGCAGAAAGUCCCUAUAGAAUUCACCCAUCAAAAUGGACAGGCUCAUAUAAGUACCGAGGAAGAUCCCAGCCACUGUGCUGCAGUAGCCUGUGGUAGCAAAGCAAUUAAGAAGAAACGGAAAGCAGAGACUGGCAUGAUAUCUGGGAGCAGUUUUUCUGAAGAGGCUGUUGAGCAGCCCAAAAAGGAAAACUUGGCAGAAUCUGGAUGCACAGUGCUCCGAAAAGUUAAAUUGAGGAGAAAACAAAAUUUGGUCAGGAUUAGGGGUUCCAAGCAGAAAAUGAUCGGCUUGAAAAAGAAAAAGAAAAACAAGGAAGUCCUAAGUUCCAUGGAAGAAGCUGUAACUGAAGUUGAAAACAAAAAGAGCAAAAGCAGUGAAACAGGUGGCGCUGCUGUGCUGCUAAGGAACAAGAAGGCAAAGACAGGGAAUGAUUUUGUGAAAUUUGAAAAGACAACUCUACCAAAACCAGUGUUCUUUAGAAAAGCUAAAGCCAGCAUUUCCCCCAUGCAGUUAAGCAAGCUGCAAUCUUCCAUCUCCAAAAAGGUCACCUUUGGACUGAGUAAAAACAUGACUGCUGAAUUUAAGACGACAGACAAAAGUAUCCUAGUCACCCCAGAGGGAGCCUCCCGGGUGGCUUUCAAUCCUGAGCAAAAACCAUCUCACGGGGUGCUGAAGUCCCCUGCCAGCUCUUCUGAAGAAGCAACACCUCAAAUGAAGAAAUCCCUUUUAAUGCCAACUAAGAAAAGACCAACUGCUAUGGACUUCUUCUAAGCCGAUAAGGAGAGGAGUAGUUUUUGUACAGAACAGUCCUGUAUAACCAGUUGCUUCUGGAGGUAUUUUGGGAAUCUUACUUUUCAGGUUAAUGGGAUAGUAUACAUAAGGUUCUGAUUGUGUGACCCUUGAUGCUGUCAACUGUAAUAAGCACCUGUUUGGCUGUAUAUUGAGACGGCUUUGUGUAUGCUGUUAACAAAAGAAUGGUAAUGGCACAUGACCUUAAGAUUCCAAUUAUGGAGGCCCAUCUUUUAUUUUAUUUUUGAAAUAACCCUAUCACAUUGUGAAUGAAUGUGUACAGAUUUGUUCUGAACUGUUGUUGCUUGCACUCUUUUAAUCAUUGGUUGUUGGCUUGUUGUUUUUCCCAGUGAAGAGGUUUUGGGCAUUUAUUGGCUUAAUUCCAUGGAAGCUAAGAAGUACACAACCCCUCACAUAUGCUUCCUGUUCUGCUUUCCCUUCUUUCCCUUUCAAGCCAUUUUCUCUUAUCUUCCUACCAAAGGGUAUGGAUUAGAAAUGGAAUAUCUGUGUUGAGGUGAACUACUUCUGUGGAACAACCACUAGGACCUCAGUUGGGUAGCCCGCUGCCAACACACAUCUCAUUAUUGAUUGUAGCCCAAGUAUUCCAGUUGACACACAUUUCCUAAGCACUUGAAAUAGCAUUGUGGGCUACUUCAGAUUUGCUUCUCCUUUUUGUGAAAGAAGGUAUGGUGUGUGUUUGUGUGUGUUUAGUAAAUUUUUGCAUUUUUGUAAUGUUCUUAUCCCUGGGCCUUUGGAUAAACACUAGGUCUUAAUUAUUAUCCUCCCUUCAUUAAAAGGAGCUAGAUUAGGAUGGCCUUUAUUUAUAUCUGAGAGCCUUAAUGCCUUUUGACACAGGGUAUAGAUGGUUUGGAUAGUAAGGUGGUUUUGAAAGCAAUGCCAUAUUUUUAAUCUGCAGUGUAAGUUUUAAUGAUCUUCUUACAGUAUGCUAACAUGAUGGUGCAAUUACUAUCUCUCCACAGUGCUAAUAAAGUUUCAAGCUAAUAAUAUUCUUACUGACUGUUUCACAUGUCCUGUGUGUUGUGCUGUGUUACUGUCCCCGUCUGUGGCUUGUGGUGUUGUUCUGAGCGUGCUUGGUGGUUGUUUUAUCUCCUUGCAGUUUUAAAUACUGUGAUGUGACUUGGUUAAGACAGACAUGCUUGAGUUUUGGAGAUGUCUUGUAUCUUGUGUUGUAUAUGGUCGGUCGAUUAGCAGACUAUAACGGAAGGCAUACAUCUUAAAUAGAAGUAUUACGGUAAUAUUGGUUCUUUAAAUGGAGUUUAAUAUAAAAAAGAAACAAAUGUGGGGCACUGUGUUGGAAAACUACUUGUUGUGAUAAGAUAGUGGGGAAGUGGAACCAAAAUAAGCCAUAUUCCACAAGAAUAUGGACAGCAGUAGUUGUAUGUUCAUUCUUACUACAGGUAGGUUGGUCUGAUGUAGUCGAAACAAAAUUAAAAAAAAUUCCUUCCAGUAGCACCUUAGAGACCAUCUAAGUUUGUCAUUGGUAUGAGCUUUCAUGUGCAUGCACAGUUCUUCAGAUACACUGAAACAGAAGUCACCAGACCCUUAUAUGUAGUGAGAGGGUGGGGAGGGGUAUUACUCAGAAGGGUGAUGGGAAUGGGUGGUUGGCAUCAGCUAAUAGGAAUUUUUUUUAUUUUGUUCAUUCUUACGUUGGAGAUGUUAUUAUAAUUCUCCAGCUAGAAAGAUGGAACUGUAAAGAGAUUGGAGAGAAGAGUUUCUUUAGUGCUCUGAGCCUCAGGGCUUUGUAGUUGCCCUAACAGUCAAAAGAUGGUUUUGUUACCAAGGCUGUUGCAGGACAGGGUCAGUAUCAUUCAGAAGUAGUAGUGAGGGCCUAAGCAAGGCUUCACCAUUGAUACUUGCCCAAGGGCUCUCUUUAUGCUCCCCACCCCAGACUGGUAUUGCAAGCAGCACUAGACAACAGGGUCUAGCCACCAUUUAAAUUCCCCACAAUGCCCCUGAUAUAGCAUUAGUUCAAGGCAUUGUGGGAGAUUUAAAAUGGUGGCUAGACCGUGCUGCUGCUAGUAAAGCCUGUCAGGGACCACAGGUAGAGAUGUAGGCUCACUAGAGUUUACCAGGAGCCCCCUCGUUCAUGAGGCUGGCCCUGACAAGACCAUCAACACAUCUUGAUGAAUGUUAAGGUAAUGUGAGUAUUGUUGGGACUUUCGGAAAGAUGGAUAUUUUAAUUUAAUAGUUGAUUUCUGGGUGGGGGGUGGCUUGUAAACAUGCAUGUGUAGUAUACACUUUCCUGUUCUUCCAUGUUUCCUGAAAAUUUCAUCCCAAGAUGUUAAUUUCAAUGAAUGAUACAAUAUGUGAUGUUUUAAUUUAAAACUACAUUAUCUAAACACAGGGUGAAAAUAAAAAAUGAUGUCCUGUUGUCGUUAAGACUACAAAAUCCCAGCUUUCAAACCAGGAAUCUCAGCUUUCAAACCAGUUUGUCUGUUCAUGGGUGCAUUCUAAAAAUGUUUAGGAUUACUAUCAGUUAUAACUAGUUCUGUUAAAAAGCAGAAUUUGCAAAUAUCUUAUUUUUAAAAUAAUAUUCACUCGGUUUUGUAAUUAAACUGGCUUAAAUGAAGCAGUUUAAAAAAGGUUUGUGUUUAAAGCUUUGUAUAUAAAAUAUUUUAGGAAUAAAAACAGUUUUUAUCAAGCUUUUGUGAGUUGAACGGCAUCAUCCUUUGAUCUUUUUUGUUCCCUCCAGUUAUAGGAGCAAUUUUUAUUUUUCCAUUAUGCAGCAUAUAUAUCUCAAUAACUCCAGAUCCAUCAAAAUGUGCCACUUAAACUUGGCUUUGAAAGAGCACUGUUGCAUUUUCUUUACAUUAUUUGUUGCAGGGAGCCCUAUUUAUUCAAUCAUUAAAUUUAUAUGCCCUGCCUUCUUCAAAGGAGUCUUUAUGCAUGUAGUAUAGUCAGUGAUUGCGUCUAGAUCCUAUUGCCAAAACACACAUGGCCUUCGUUAUAUUCUAUGGGGCUAGGAUACUAUACAAUAAAAGACAAUCCUUUACAUGACUGCUAAGUGGUAUUGAAUGAUGUUACAGGGGUGGGGCAGGAAGAUUAAAUUUAGAAACGUGGGAAUGCAGGGUGUGCUGAAUAUAUAUCCUCACCAAACCAUAUUGACCUUCAGUCUGUAACCUUCAAAAUGGCCCCUUGUAUCCAUUACUGAAAUGUCAUAAAUCUGCAAUGCCAGACAAAAUUGUGUCUCCCUUGGCUAUUCAAGGCUUCACUGUGCUAACAGCUGGAGAAAGUGAUUCCCAUCCCAGUAUAAAAUGUGCCCAUAUAAAGGCAGCCAAGACAACAACAACAAAAAUAAUAAGCAAUUUCGAAAGCUGAGAAUGCCUGACACAGGUUGUUUCCUAACUGAGGUCUUCCCUGUCUGUAGGCAUAAAGGCACAUUUUAAGAGCCAGAAAAUUCUGUUGUUAUUUUUUUUGAAUUUUUUUAAUAUAUAUGGACAGCGGACUGAUUAAAUACAAGCUGGAACAUCCCAAAUCAAGAUAACAGCUUUCAGUAGUUUAUAGAGAUUGUCUUUGGCAGCCUUCACCAUUCUGGUGCCUUCCAGAUGUUUUGCACUACAAUUACCUUCAGCCCAGCCAGCAUAGUUAAGGUUGAUGGGAGCUGUAGUCCAGCACAUCUUGAGGAUCUGUUUGGGAAGGCUGACCUAUGGUUUAUUUGCCUUGUUUUCAUAAAUGAGUGGUCCUUUAAGGCCAGAAACAGUAACAUACAAGUCACGAGCUCUUUUUAAAAUACUAAAAAGUCCCAACUUUCAUUUCGGAAACUAGUUUCUAGGUACCAGUACGUGUUUCUCAUAUUAUAAGACACGUCUUAUAUUUAUUUUUUCCUCAAAAAAACACACUAUGGCUUAUUUUCAAGGGAUGUCUUAUUUUUUUCCUCCUCCUCCUGCUGCGGCCGGCAUUGCUGCUGCGCCUAUCACUAUGCCUUAUUUUCAGGGUAUGGCUUAUAUUCCUUGAAUGCUUAAAAUCCUGCUAUGGCUUAUUUUAUGGGUAUGUCUUAAAAUAUGAGAAACAGGGUAGUUUGUUGACAGAACAAAGUUUGAAAAUAUGGUAGCAAAUCUUAUCAAAAUUUCAUAAUAAGGUGAGAAAAAUGCUGUGUUUUUCCAUUUAAAUGUAAUUAAGCACCCAAGUCUGUGAAAUCAAGUGUCGUCGUCGUCUCGCCUGAAGUUUUCUAUUUAAAUUUUCAGUAAGUAUAUUAUAAAAUAAGCCCAGCAAAUCCACCCCAAUAGUUUGGCACAUGCAGUAUUAUUUGGGAUUGUGUCUAAAUUAUGUUUAUGGCAUGCAAACUACAAAUCAACUCAUGAGACUUGAGUUAGCCAUGUCUUUUGAGACUUUUUGAGAUCAAAACCGAAUGUUAACAUUUUAGGAUUUAAAUAGGAAAAAAUGCAUAGCUAAACAUACCAACUCAAACAUACAAGGUGGUGGGGAAAAUAUACUGGUAAGUACCGUAUAUAUAUAUGCCAUCUUAGAAUAUGUGAAACUUAAGAAUGAUCUGCUUAUGUAUACAGGUGAACAAACGGCCAAGAUGUAUUCAAUGCAAGUUUUGGAGGGAAAUUAUCUGUGAACCUGGGAGAUAUCCUCACAGCAUAGCUGCCAAGUUUUCCCUUUUCUCGCGAGGAAGCCUAUUCAGCAUAAGAGAAAAUCCCUUUAAAAAAGGGAUAACUUGGCAGCUAUGCCUCACAGGUGAAGGACAUCCUUGAUUUAAGAAUGCUCUGUGAGCAUAGACUGUCCCUGAUUUUUAAUGCUGUUCUUUGCUCCCCUCUUUCCAUGUACCCGGUAUUACAUGAGCCAAAAGAAAAGCAAAUGCAGGAAGCCAUAUUUCGGUGCUUAGCAAAAUGGUGAACUGCAUAUCAGCUUUGUCGGGUGGGUGUGUAAUGGUUAUCCAUUCAAUAAAAGGGCAUUUUCCCUCACUGUAGCAAAAGAACAAAAAAAAAAACAUAAUUAUUGUCACCCAGGUAACACUACUGAAGAUGAAUA